AUCCAGGCAAGCAGGCAAGCAAGCGGCACGAGAGCUCAGCUCAUACGAGAAGCGCAGCAGCAACUCCCGUUCCGUACCUCUGCCGUGCUUUCUCCUUCCACCCACCACCACCGCUCGAAACCACGCGAUUCCUCCCGAAUCCCUCGGCCUCUUCCCGACCUCGCCACUGCCAUUACGAGAAGGCCAUUUUUCUCAACUCGCCACCCACUAUCACAAUACUUUACCCUCAGUUCGUAAUACGUCUUUAAAUCGCCUCUACUGCAUCGCUGCCGCCAUACUUUACCCCAGUAAAAUGGCGGGUUUCAGAUAUUGCGGGCGGUUCAAGUCGCUCGUGCCACUUGUCGCGCUCUGGUUGGUCCUAUGCGCGCUGCCGUCGGCGCUCAGCGAGGACGACGAGGGCGGGAAUGCCGUAACCGGCGCGUGCGAAGUGUCGUCGCUCCUUGGUUACAAAUACGCCGUCGACCUCAGCGGCAACGGUCUCUACCUGCACUGGGUUCCUAACGGCUCGACCAAAAUGGACUUCGCGAUCGAGGCGCGGCCGGGCAGCGGCGCGGAAACCACGUGGGUGUCCGUGGGGUGGUCGGCGGGGCGCAUGGUUCCCGCCGACGCGGUCAUGGGGAACCUCCCCGGAAACAAGGUCGCCGCGUACUCGAUACAAGGCUACGAUGCGCAGUCGAUCAAGGCGGCAACGGCGUUUUCCGUGGCGGGGACGGCUGUGAAGUAUAGCAAUGGCGGGAGUACGAUCUCGAAGUUUACCCGGACGAUCGGCGACGGGGAUUUUCCCGUUGCGCCCGACGCGAACACGCUUAUCUGGGCGUUUUCCGGCAGCGGCUCGCAGAGCCUGGACAAUCACAACGGGAACGUCGGCAUUGUCAACAUUGACUUCACGUGCGCGAGUGGCGCAGCGCCCGCGACUGCUGCACCCAGCGGCAGCGGUCCCAGCAGCGGCGGCGCAAGCGGCAGCGCUUCGUGUCCCGCGUCUUCCCUCGCGGGCUUCGACUACCAGGCGGAACUCACCACCGGGCUGCUUCUUCACUGGAAGCAAGCCUCACCCACUUCCCUCGAUAUGGCGCUCGAAGCCACCGCAUCCAGCGGCGCCGCAGGCUCGUGGUUCUCCGUCGCGUGGUCGGGCGACGGCCGCAUGUCCCCGUCUGACGCGGUCAUCGGGAAUAUGCCGGGCGGCGCGGCUGGCGCGUACGCGAUAACGGGCUACGACAUCGGUGCCGUCGCGCCUACCAGCUCGUUUUCCGUAGGCGCUGCGACGACGGAGGCCGCGGCAAAUGGCGGGAGUACGGUGGUGAAAUUUACGAGGACGGAGGGCGAAGGGACGAUCCCGAUGUCGCUGUCGGCGCCGAAUGCGCUGAUCUGGGCGUAUUCAGGGAGCGGGUCGCAGAAGUUGGAUUACCAUGGAAAGCACGUUGGCUCAAAAACAGUGAGCUUCAACUGUGGUGGCAGCAGUACCAGCACCACUCCCGCCACUCCCGCCACUCCCGCCACUCCCGCCACUCCCUCCCCAGUCCCUGUGCCUGCUCCUCCUGCCGUCACCCCCGCACCGCCCUCCACCUCUUCCUCUCCUGGCGCUGGCUCCAGUGGCAGCAACGGCAGUAACAGCGGUUGCACGGCUUCGACUCUGGCUGGUUACUCCUGCUCUGAGAAGCUUAGUGGCAACGACUUCGUCCUUCACUGGAAGACUGGCGUUGACUCCAUUGACUUGGCCUGUGAGGUGGCAACCGCCGGGUGGGUCUCCCUCGGGUGGAGCGCCGACGGCAUGAUGUACCCCGCUGACGCCAUCAUCGGCAACCUCCCCUCCAGCACUGCGCGUGCUGCGGCCGGCACUGCGGGUGGUGCAACGGUCAGCAGCUACAGUAUCACCAGCUACAGUGACGUCACUCCCGCCUCCUCCCUGGCAGUGUCUGCUACAGCCGUGGAGACCUCGUCCAAUGGGAAGACGGUGAUUAAGUUCUCAAGGAGCCUUGCUGACGGGGAUUUCCCGAUCGAUACGAGCGGCAAGACGACUCUUAUCUGGGCGUUUUCUGCUGAUGGGUCCAAGACAUUGGCCAAUCAUGGAGGCAACCGUGGCUCUGCUGCUGUUAGCUUCGCUGCCGACGCUGCUGCCUCGUCUCCUCCAUCAGGCUCGGAUUCUGGCUCGGGAACAGGCUCGGGAUCCGGUUCGACAGCCUCUCCUAUCCCGCCUACGCAAUCGCCUUCCGUCCCCACGCCUGCACCUUCGCCGCCUCCUGCUGGUCCGGCUGCCGGAAGUGGCAACAGCAGCAGCAGCAACAGCACCAGCAGCAGCAGCAACAGCACCAGCAGCAGCUGCACGCCGUCAACUAUCUCUGGUUACACCUGCUCUGCUAAGCUCGAUGGAGACAAUUUCAUCCUCCACUGGAAAACCACUGGCUCGGACAUAGCCAUGGCGUGUGAGGUGGCAACCACCGGGUGGGUCUCCCUCGGGUGGAGCUCUGGGGGAACCAUGUACCCUGCUGAUGCAGCCAUCGGGAACCUACCCUCCAGCACCAAGCGCGCUGCGGACGGCACUGCGGGCGGCGCAGCGGUUGGCAGCUACAGUAUCGCGGGGUACAGCGAGUCCGACAUCACCCCCGCCUCCUCCCUGACGCUCUCCGCUACAGCCGUGGAGUCCUCGGCCAAUGGGAAGACGGUGAUUAAGUUCACCCGGCCAAUGGCUAAGGGCGCAUUCCCGAUGAGUGCGAACGGUCCGACAACAGUCAUCUGGGCCUACUCUGCGGACGGCACUCAAGCUCUGGCCAAUCACGGACCGAACAAUCGUGGUUCCGCCACCAUUGAUUUUGUCUCGGGUUCAACUUCAGGUUCGACUUCAGGUUCGACUUCAGGUUCGACUUCAGGUUCGACUUCAGGUUCGACUUCAGGUUCGACUUCAGGUUCGACGUCGAGUUCAACUUCGAGUUCGACAACGGAUACUUCCAAGGCGAGCAACAGCACCAGCAGCAGUGACAGCAGCAGCGGUAGCAGCAGCUGCACCCCGUCGACCAUUCCUGGAUACACGUGCUCUGCCCAGCUCAGCGGUGACAAAUACAUCCUCCACUGGAAGGCCAACACGUCAGCAAUCAACUUCGCCGCUGAGGUGGCGACGUCCGGUUGGGUGUCCCUCGGGUGGAACAGCAACGGCAAGAUGGAGCCGGCCGACGCAGCCAUUGGCAACCUGCCAGCUGGCGGCAACGCCAACGGCGCGGCCGUCGGUCCCUACAGCAUCACGGGGUACGGCGCGUCGGACAUCGGUGCCACAUCAGCGUUCGCCCUGUCAGCAACUGCGGUGGAGACGGGAGCCAAUGGGAAGACAGUGGUGAAAUUCUCCCGACCGCUGGCAGGAGGGUCGUUCCCGAUCAAUGCGAACGGGCCGACCACAGUCAUCUGGGCUUACUCGGCUGGCGGCUCGCAAACCCUUGCCAACCACGGGCCUAACUGUGGGUCGGCCUCUAUCGACUUCAUCUCGGGCUCCACCGUUUCCUCCUCCUCUUCCUCCAAGUCAACCGCCUUCAUCAUUCACGGCUGGCUGCUCGGCAUCUCCUUCGGCAUCCUCAUGCCGGCCGCUAUCCUCAUCUCGCGUCUCUUCCUCGCCGACAAGCUCCAAGAGAAACCGCCCGGCGUGGACUACGUCCAAUGGGAGGCCCAGGUUGCCCGCGCAAAAUCCUGGAAGCCAAUGGCGUUCGAGACACACAAGUGGAUGCAGAUUAUCGCUGUUGUACUCGCUGUUGUCGGGUGCAUCAUCGGGUUCGUCGCAUCCGGAUCGGUGGGACUCCAAGGCACGCACGGGCAGCUCGGAGUCGCAAUCUUUGUGCUGAUUUUCAUCCAACCCGUGAUUGGCCACUUCCGGCCGAACAAGGGGACCGUGAACCGUCCGACGUGGUUCAUCAUCCACUGGGUCUUCGGCAUGCUUAUAGUCGGGCUCGCUUGGGUGAACACGUUCCUUGGUUUCGAUGCGAUGGCGGUUAAAUUUGCGUCCGACAUGCAGGUGUACAUCAUCAUUUUCGCGAUUGCGAUCGGGCUGUUUGCGGCGAUAUACGUGGUGGUGUUCGUGGUGGACCAGGUCGCAUUCAUUCUGGCGAAGUUGAGACCUGUGGACCAUGGGAAGAUGUCGGAUGAGGUGUAAAUAGGCCCUAGGGGAUGCGGUUGUGGAUAGGGUGUUUGUGUUGCUGCUUGACUGUGCUUGUGCUUGUGCUCAUGACUGAAAAAAAAAGCCUUGUAUCUAAGCCUAAGUGUUUGAG